AGCGGCGGUGGCUUUUGACUGGGGCACCGGCUGUGGGUGAACCCGGAACUGCCUGCGUAGUCAUUAGGGUCUCGGUCCUUUUGGCCCUCAGCGACGCCUUCUCGGAGGAGGAUGGCGGGCAGGACAGCUGUUGACAGGGUGCCUCGUGGGCAGUGAGCCCGUGCAAGAAGAGCCUCCCUCGGCGUUGUAGGCGAGAGGAGCCCAAUGACGAAGCGAGCCUCGCGGUUCUGUCAACAAAGACACAAUGCUGGAAUCAUACGUGACUCCUAUUCUAAUGAGCUAUGUGGAUCGCUACAUUAAGAACUUGAAGCCCUCUGAUCUACAGCUAUCUCUCUGGGGAGGAGAUGUAGUUCUUAGCAAACUUGAACUAAAACUUGAUGUACUUGAGCAGGAGCUGAAAUUACCAUUUACAUUUUUAAGUGGACAUAUUCAUGAAUUACGCAUUCAUGUACCAUGGACAAAGCUUGGUUCGGAGCCAGUUGUGAUUACAAUCAAUACAAUGGAGUGCAUUUUGAAACUAAAGGAUGGACUUCAGGAUGAUCAUGAAAGCUGUGGCUCAAGUUCAACCAACCGUAGUACCACAGAAAGUGCAAAAACAGCAGUGAAACCAAAAAGAAUUCAACAGACUACUCCUGACCCUGAUUUGCCACCUGGUUAUGUACAGAGUUUGAUUUGGAGGGUUAUAAACAAUGUUAACAUUGUCAUCAAUAAUCUCAUACUCAAAUAUGUGGAGGAUGAUAUUGUUCUUUCAGUCAAUAUAACUUCAGCAGAAUGCUACACAGUGGAUGAAUUUUGGGAUCGAGCAUUCAUGGACAUAUCUGCCACUGAUUUGGUACUAAGGAAGGUGAUAAAUUUUUCUGACUGUACAGUUUGCCUGGACAAGAGGAAUGCUAGUGGCAAAAUUGAGUUUUAUCAGGAUCCACUGCUUUACAAGUGUUCCUUCAGAACCCGCCUACACUUUACUUAUGAUAAUCUUAAUUCUAAAAUGCCAUCCAUUAUUAAAAUUCAUACUUUAGUUGAGAGUCUGAAGCUUUCCAUUACUGAUCAACAACUUCCUAUGUUUAUUCGUAUAAUGCAACUUGGAAUUUCACUGUACUAUGGAGAAAUAGGCUCCUUUAAAGAUGGAGAAAAUGAAGACCAGGUUUGUCACACCAAGGAUGUUUUGGGUAAUAUCUCAGGUUCAGAAGAUGAAAUAGGUAAAGAUAUGCAAUAUAUUUCUCCAGAAUUUUUUGUUCAACAAGAUGAUGAUCAACAGCAAGGAUGGGUGUCUUGGGCCUGGUCUUUUGUACCUGCUAUUGUGGGUAAUGAUGAUGAAGAGGGAGAUUCUGUUGGAACUGAUGAUGGAGCAGCAAUAAAUCAGCAGAAAUUGCCAAUAAUUAAGGAUCCCAUUGUUUCUAUAGGAUUUUAUUGUACAAAAGCUACUAUCACUUUCAAAUUUGAACAAAAUACUGUACUUCUAGUGUCUGGAAAUCAACCAGAUGUGACUUCAGCAAAGAAUGAAGACUUUGUCAAUGUUCAGGAGAUGUCUACGAAAAGACUUAUUGUAGGACCUUUCAAUCUUCGGCUCGAUAGCAGUGCAGUGCACAGAAUUUUGAAAAUGAUUGUUUGUGCUCUAGAACAUGAAUAUGAGCCAUAUAACAAGUCUACCUUAGAUUUUGUUGAUGGAGCUAAAGCUGUGCCAAGCUCAGAAGAAAUAGGAGCUUUGGAGGAAUAUAUUCCAACUCGAAUCACAAAUUUUACGAUACUGAAGUGCAUGGUUACCAUUCCUAUGGCUGAAUUCAACUUGCUUGGCCAUUUAUUGCCUAUAAUCAUGGGUCAAAAGAGUUCGAGCAGCUUCUUAAAUACGACAAAUCUUCAGCCUUUACGUCCUCUGCCUUGUAUCCAGCUCCUAGUGGAUAAAAUGGUUCUGGAACACUCUGUGCCAAUGUAUGCUGAACAGCUUGUGCAAACUGUCAGCAGCCUUAGCCAACCAUCUGAUAACUUACUGCACUAUUGUUAUGCACACUGCUAUCUUAAGAUAUUUAGUUUUCAAGCAGGGCUUUCUUCGCUGGAUAUGAAUGGAUCUUAUAGUUCACCAGCUUCGGUUAUUUCGCCAUUCAGUACUGCUGUUUAUGGCAAAAUGCUUAAGCUUCCUAAAUACUGGUGAGUAAGACAAUAUGGGAAGACACUGUAGACCUUAUAUAUUCAUUUAAUAACAUGAUACAUUUUAUAUAUACUAUAUCCUGUGUGUGUGUAUUUGUAUGCAUGUGUACAUGUUCACACAAUAUUUCUUUGGAAUCUAAUAGUGUAUAUAGAUUGUCUGUAAAUAUGGCUUUGUCCUAAUAAAUUGUUAAGGCUGUCAUUGCUAUUCAGCAAGCACUUUUUAUGUUAGAAUUUUAAACUAAAACGUUUGCUAUUAAUGCAUAGUUAUUGCUAUAGAUUUGUUUCUGUUCUUUUUGAAAUGAAUCCUGCAGUUUAUAGGCUGACAGUAAAAUAAAUUUGUAGAAAAUGCCUUUCCCACUUCCAUCAGUAUCACCUAGCUAUGGUAUGACACCAACUGUAGCAGCUUGUGAAGUAACCUAGAGGAGUGUGUUACUUAUUUGCUGAAUUUGUAAAUGUUAUUUUAAUUCAGAUAUCAAUUGAUCAUAUUUUCAUAAACACUACUAAAGUGUUGCAAUAUAGCCUUGCCUUACUUCAUUUUCUUACUUUUUUGCAUGGAUCUUACAAUUUUAUAUUCUGUUGAAUAUAAUAUUUCUCUGUAGUGUUUGAGAGAGUUGGAAAAAUCUUCUGUUUUGUAAUAACUGCACUUAUAUGCAGAAUACAAUUGUACACCACUAAGUUAUGUUAAUAUCUCACAAAACAACUCUUAAUUAGUUCAGAUUUGCUUGCCAUUCUGUGCUAAUAUUCGUUGAAGAAAAAUACUUCAUUGAAAACAUUAAGGUUUUAAAUUUACAGUAAUUGUGACAAUAAAUAAUAUGCAUCUCUCUUGUGAAAAGGAAACUA